GGCAGCCAAGGCAGAGACCAGCGGAGCAGGACCAGGGUGGAAGGUUGGAAGAGCUGCAUUCAGCUAAUCUCCGAGCAGCACCUGAGGCUCACCUCCAGCAGACACUGCCAGCCCACAUCCCCACAUCCCCAAACCCUUUGCUGCCAGCAUGGACAUCGUGGAGAGGGUCCUCUCCGUGGCCCAGGCCAUCCACGCCCAGUUCGAGCAGGUGAAGUGCUGUAAGCACCAGUGCCAGCGCCUCGUGGAGCGCAUCCAGAUCCUGCUGGAGCCCGUGAGGAUCCUCAGGGCUCAGCCACGACAGCACAUCUCCCGCCACGAAGAGGAACUGCUGAAGAAACUGCUCCGGGUCCUGGGGGAAGCUGAGAAACUGGUGAUGAAAUACAGCCAGACCAGCUGGAUCCAGAAGUUCCUGCGAGCCCGCAGCACUGGCGAGGAGUUCGUGUGGGUGAACGAGAGCCUGGAGGACAUUGCCCAGGGGCUCUCGCUGCUGCUGCAGGCGGAGCAGAAGCAAGCUUUCCUGGAAGCUUUCCAGGCAAAGACGUGUCGCAGGCAGGAUGCCGAGGACCUGAGGGAUGACAGGGCUUUCUUGGACCAGGUGAUUGCAAGUACUGAGGAACCCGAGGAGGUGGCUGAGGAGAUCUGCCUCGGCGGGCAGUGGAUGGAGAGCAGGGUGGACUGGAUGCAAAGCGAGCUGAACAAAAUCGUGCGCGAGAUGGAGCGUUUGAAGAAGGUCAACGUUGGUAAAAGAGAAGACAUCACUGAGAUCAGGCGGGACCAGCUCACCAUCUGCAGGCACCUGCAGGACACCGAGAGCUACGACCUCUACGAGGGCGAGUACCUCAAGUACCCUGUUGCCAUCAAAACCUUCAAGAAGCCACUGACCACUGACCCAGCGAAGGUGAGAGACAUCUUCGAGAAGGAGAUUCAGACCCUGAAGAAGUUUGAGUCCCCAAACAUCCUGCGCAUGUACGGGAUCUGCAUAGAGGAGAACGAUGGGAGCCCCUGCUUCUCCAUCGUCAUGGAGUACUGUAAGCACGGGACGCUGCGGGAUGUGCUGAACACACACCAGCACCUUUCCUGGGACAUCCGCAUUCGGAUGGCCCUGGGAGCCGCCAGGGGCCUUUACAGGCUGCACCAGACGGGGGAGAAAUCCCGACUCCACGGCUGCAUCUGCAGCAGCAAGUUCCUGGUGGCUGGGGAUUACUGUGUGAAGCUGUCGGGGUUUGAGCUGUGUGAGACGGAGUCAUCCAUCAAGAGGAAAGCCAAGAAGAACUGGAAGCAAGUCUCCAUGCUGGCUUACGUCGCUCCUGAGAACAUGAAAGACAUCAACUACCCCUACAAGAGGCCCUGUGAAAUAUACAGGUGUGUCUGCCCCUCCCUGCAGGGGGGCCUGUCAGCAGCCAGGUGUCAGGCAGAGAAGCUGCUGAGCUCUGCAAGGAGGUCAGGUUUAAUUGGACACAUAAACCCUUGUUUCCUGUUGGCAAAGCCCAAUAAUCCUGCCCAUCAGAAGGGAGGAACACACGGUAGAAUGAACGCUGAGACUCUUGUUUGUCUCCUUCCAGCUUCGGGAUCGUGCUGGCAGAGAUUGCAACCUCCAAAAUCCCAUUUGAAGGCUGCACUCCUGAGGAGAUCGUGGAGAAAAUCUGCAGCCACUGUUACUGGGACCCUGUUGGGGAGGAUUGUCCUGCAGACCUGCGGAGAGUCAUCGACCGGUGCCAGGCCUUGGACCCUUCCCAGCGCCCUUCUGCCGAGGAGAUUGUGGACUCGCUGGCUGAGCUGGAGAAAAGCAGGAACCAAGGAAUUUGACUGCGGAGAGCAGGGCUGGAUGACCACGGGCAGCGAGCCCAGGGUGCUCUCCCCCCCUCUGCCCUCACAGAGACUGAUGGUUCAAUACACGAGUGUUUGUGUCUGUGUGCCACCUUCCCCUCGCCGAGGGGCCACACCUGGGGGUCACCCCAGAGGCACGGGGGGGGCGAGGGUGCCCUGAAAAGGGGACUCCAGGAGGCCAGCAGGAAGCCUGGGACACCACGGGGAUGGGACACGGACAUGUCUUGCAAGGACAGGCUGAGGGAGCCGGGCCUGUCACCCCAAGAGACGACCGAGGGGCACCUUAUCA